UUGUGUGUAUGUGUGUGCGUGUGUGUGCUCUCUGUUGUGCGUGUGCGUGCGUGCACUUAUUGGCAGCCCAAAAAAGGCUGUAAUUUUGGUUAGUUUUGGCCAAAUUAACAGCUAAAUAUAGACUUGGUAUCAUUCUCAAGACUUGAUUUAACAUGCCGAAGAAUAAGGGAAAGGGAGGUAAAAACAGGAGGAGGGGAAAGAACGAAAAUGAAACUGAGAAAAGAGAGUUGGUAUUCAAAGAAGAUGGUCAAGAGUACGCACAAGUCACUAAAAUGCUGGGGAAUGGUCGUUUAGAAGCCAUGUGCUUUGAUGGUGUGAAGCGUCUGUGUCAUAUCCGAGGCAAACUCCGAAAGAAGGUUUGGAUCAACCAAGGUGAUAUCAUUCUGAUUGGUUUGCGUGACUAUCAAGAUGCCAAAGCUGAUGUUAUUUUGAAGUACACCCCAGAUGAAGCAAGGAAUUUGAAGACUUAUGGUGAAUUCCCCGAAACAGUUCGCAUUAAUGACACCGUUACAUUCGUCGAAGAUGGUUUGGAUGAAGAUAUUGAAUUUGGCGAUGAAAUUAGCAGUGAAGGUGAAGGAGACCCUGUUGACAAUAUUUGACCUGCCAUGAAGUUUAAAAGGGAUGAAAUAGUAAGACACUUUUUGCUAGCUCUUGGCAAUUUAUUUUCCUUUUCCAUCAUCAUUGGGAAGAGCUAAUACAAACCUUUGCCUUUUAAAGGCCUUGUUCUACUUUGAGAAUGAAGAGCAGAAAGAAGAAUCUGAUAUUGUUGACACAAAAUUAUUAUUACUCAUUCAUUUUUACUGUGUUUUUAAACCCCUACUCUGUAGGUCGUCACUUGUAUUCAUCUAGCUAGAUAAUGUACUUUCUGUCAUGUCCAUACUACUUUGAUGAAUUUAGUUUAUAGGUUCCCAGCAGCUGACCCUCAUCUAAUACAUUUAGUUAAAUGCAUAUUUCAAAUUUUGCUACACCAAGUCUAAGAGUUACAGGUGCAUUAUUUAUACUUGAUUUUUUGAGAAUGUGAAACACCUUGGUUUUUGUCUUAAAUAUUGAUUGUAAUGCUUUUGUAAUUAAAUUUUAAGUAGUUAAUUUACAGUUAAAUGUGAAAUGUAUAUGAAAUUAUGUGGUUGAGAUACUUUCAAUUUUCCAAAAACAUAGUGUUUGAUUUACCGAUUAGUGUAUGUUAAGCAGUUUCUACUUGCAUAAUCUCUUAUCCAUUCAUUGAACAUUUCAGUUACCAAAACUCAAUGUCAGACAACUGCUUGCCAUGUGCAUGGUAUCUUUUGAGAGGAAUGCAAACACACGAGAAUUGAAGUGGUUCAUUUCAUUACACCUGUAGAUAGGAAAAUACGUUUUGUGCUUGUAUCAUAUGGUCUGAACCACUUCAAAUGUAUUUUGUGUAGUGUUGCGGGCUCUUUUGUUCUUUUUAUUUUUAAAAAAAUAAAAGAAUGUUCAUGUUAAACUUUUUGUGUGAGCUGUGGUAUGCUGUGUGUUUUUGAUUUAUAUUCCUAGUGUACACCAAGAGAGAAUACUGAGUAUUGGGAUGUGUCUAGCCACUACGUGUAGGACAAAUGUCUGACAGAAAAUAGAACCAGUUGCUGUUCUUCAAAUUCGGAUGAGCAUUUAACAUUUUUCAACAUGCUAUAGCUUCUGUUGCAUUAACUAGGACUAUUGUUGCUAUUGAACAGAACACAGGGAGCUAAUGUGAGUAUAAGCAAUGCAGCUAGAGCGCUUGCUUGUAUCAUCUCAUCAAUUUUGUGUAUAUUUCCUCAGUUUUUGAGCAUUGAUGUUUAAUCCAGCACCUUAAACAAUUUUACAUCUUAAGUCACUUAAAAAUUGAGAAGGGUGGAAAAUGUAAUUCAGGAUCGAUGUGGUGCUAUAAGUCAGUUUUCAAAGCACUCUUUUCACCUGAUAUGUGAUAGAACUUCUAAAAGUUGAGUGAAACUUAUCUAAUUGGUUUAUUGACCGACUGUUGUCCUGAAAUUAUGUUGUACCUUGGCUGAAUUUUAUAACUUGUUGAUACUUCAACUGUUGGAGACCUGUAUUAAUCCCAACAAGUCUGAGUUGUCGAGUAGUAAAUAUAACUUAUGUACCGCCUCCUUUUUUUUUUUGGCAUUUGAGUUGCGUGUUCCACUCUUAUUUGCUGAACUGUCACAUUUGAGUUGUCUCCUAGUUUAAGUUAUUUCUUUUUCAUAAAGACUGGUUGGAAGCCAUUAAUAAAUAUUUGUAUUACAGGAAAAAGAUCAGUCCAUUGUAAUAAAGCAGUUCUGAGCUCACUUA